UGCGUCGCUGAGCUGAACCCCCUCCGCCAUACAUGGACCCUUCGUCGUUCGUCGCCAUUGCAGAAUUAUUCCGAAUACAACGGUCGAACGCUGUUUGUUCGGGUAUCGAGACAAAUUCUGAAGUUGCGAAUUCGGUGCCCGUUUUUCGCGAAGAAGGCUUUAUCGAAGAAUCACCGUUUUUGGUCGACGUUUCUUUAUAUGGGAACGAAAACUGUAAGCAAAUCGAACUUGGAGAACGUUACUACCCUCAACCUGCAGACCAGGGGCAUCUUCGAAUUCUGAAUAAAUCGCAAUUCCUGAACCAUGUUUAUCAAUCAUUCGGGCCCAAGAAAUCUAAUUCAAUUCUGCUUCUUAUUGAAAAUAUCAAUAUACAUUUAUUAACAUUAUAUCUGACGAGAUAA